GUGUCGCUCUCAUUUGACCUCUACUACAGACCGCCAGACAAGGGCGAAGAAGGUCUCGAUAGUGAGAGGUUUGACCAGCCCUUCGCCGAUUUGCACAAAGCAGGCACGUCUGGUGACGAAACAAAGGAGGAAGAGGAUGAAGCCGAAGAGGAGGAAUUCGAAAGGGGCAGCGACUUUGCUGAACUAUUUGACAUGCAGGCGGCUGGGGUCGACAUGGGAGACAUUCAGUCAGUGCAUUCCUCUGUACUUUCGGCACCUAUUAGAAGAGAUCCGAAACUAAAACCCUUGGUUGAUGCAACCGUCCUCAAACCAGAAACUUUUACGGUUUCUGUUACCAUUAUUGAAGCCCGGAACCUGCCAGGCACAAACAUAAAUCCAAUUGUUACAGUGACAGCGAAUGGAAAGACCCAAAAGACGGACGUUAAACUUUAUACAAACACCCCCUACUACAACAAAUUCUUCCCCUUCGAGUACUAUAUGCCCAGACCAGCAGUGAUGGAUGAGAUCAUCCGGAUCAAGCACAUUAAACGCGAGAAGGCAGGUGAUGACGAAAACAUUGAAAAGGACCUCCUUGUGCCGAAAGGCUUGACGAGUCUGGCGAAACGCAAUAUCACAGAGUUUGCUGUCAAACUUUAUCGGGCAGAGGGAUUACCGCCAAUGAACACUGACAUCAUAACCUCGAUCAAGCAGGCCUUUGUAGGCGAAGGUGCGCCUAUGUGUGAUCCCUAUGUAGAGGUCUCCUUCGGAGGACAUUCCGGCAAAACAAAAGUGAAAAAGUAUACCUACAAUCCAAUUUGGAACCAAGCAAUCGUCUUCGCCGACUUCUUCCCUCCCCUUACUCACAGCAUUCGGUUGACUGUGAAGGACUGGGACACGUUAAAGGAUGAGGAGAUCGCGACGCAUAUCAUCGAUUUAAAGCAAAUCUUUAGCACUAAUCAACUACCCAGUUUUGGACCCUCGUGGGUGAAUCUCUAUGGCACACCACGGACUUACACUUACGAACAGAUGAAACGGCCACAUGAUGAACUCAAUCGCAAUCUCGGUGAGGGAGUCGCUUUCCGAGGUCGUCUUCUAAUGACAAUUCAGGCAAAACCAAGCAUGGAGACCAUGAAGACAGGAGCCUUUUCGAAAGCAACGCCUGCGGUGUCUGAGCUUGUGGCAGGGAAGAAAAGCCCGUACUUCCUAUUCGUCUCUUUCUACGGCAUCUCUGCCAUCGAUCCGGAGUUAGGACGUGAUAAAACUCCCAUUCAGUUCGAAGUCAGCAUAGGCACCUACGGAAACAAAAUCGACGGAAAGAAGGGUGGCAUAUAUGUUCCACAAAUUCAGUCAACACGCAAGGAUGAUCCGCGAGAGAAAUUAGACUGGAACGAGAGCCUCAGUCCGCCCCUGGAGCUCACUACGGACUCUGGGGCCUACUACCACGUGGAGUUCCAGGGUGCCCAGCCUUGUCUCUACUUACUGUGCGAGUUCGAAGAUCAUCGUCUAAGAAUGUGUAUUCCAAACAUUUUGGAAAAAUUGCGGGAUGAAUACGCCUACGCAAUAAGCCAGGUUCAUCACCUUAUCCGGCGCCGGAAACAGGGCUCAGCACGACAUCGUUUCCGACAGAUUCUGCUCUACAAAAGUCGCCUCUUCGGUGAGGCAGCAACGGCGGCCACCAAGUGCCGUGGAACGGCACCAAAGACGCCGCUGGAUGUGAGCUACCAGGUGCGAGUGCGUUCUGAUCUGUUGCGCAUCGAGAAACGCAUGAAGAUAAUCGGAAGGAAGCUCACUAAUGCCAACAUGACUGAGGCCCUGCGAGAAGCCCACGCGGCUGUUGCGCGUGUAGCAGACCUCAUAAAUUGCAAACCCGGCCACGAAGGUGUUGGAGAAAAAGGCUGGCGGAUGCAAUGUCAGAUCCAAGUCUAUAUGUGGCUUGGUUUGUUGAAGGACUACCGUGCCUACAAGAGUGGCUUACCAUUGGGCUAUGACGAAACGUGUAUCGCAGAUCUGACUCCACCAAGAUCACUCCUCUACAGAGUCCGAUCAUACUAUAUUUCGGACUCGUUUGCCUAUCCUCUAAUUUACAUUUACUUCUUCCUUAAGCUCAUUUUUAUUGUAAACAAUCCAGAAUCGAGCGUUUUCGAACUGCGAUGCUACCUCUUUAUGGCAAAAAAUCUGUUGGCCUCCAACCCCACCGGCUUCUCCGACCCAAUCGCUCGAGUGCUGUUGGACAACGUUCUGCUCGAGACCUUUGUGAUUCACGACACUAUGAGUCCCAUGUGGGACUUGACGCUCGUGAAAUCUUCAGUGACUUUCAAUCGUGUUCCCGAAGGAGUGAAA